AGGGAGGGUGCUCGCCGCGCGCCGCUCUCUUCCUGACUCGGAGGUUUUUUUCCGCUUCCGUGGAGCUGAUUUGAUUUGUUUCAGUUGUUUAAGAAAAAAAAAGAAAAAAAGAAACACUUUCGGUUGAUUCGUUAUUUUCAAAAAGAGAUAUUCUUUGUUUAUUGUUAUUAGUAUUUGAGUUUUAUUCAGUUCUAUUAAUGGUGGAACCCUUGCGUUUGUUAUUAGUUGAUAUAUUGCGUGUGUGGCUUAAUUAACUGUCAGUAGCCUACAUAAAGAAGAGGAAUUGGGCUUAAUAAAGAAAGGGAGACAUGAAUAGCCAGUCGCUGAGAAACCUAUUCCGUUCUGUGUGUGGCCUGAUCAUGCGGCCGAAACGGAGGUGCUGAAGGAAGAAUGAUAGGGACACAAGGAAAAAAGGAGAAUAAGUGAAUGCGAUAAACAGUUACAGUGAAGAGCGUGGCACCUGUCAUGACUUCCCAUAACAUCCUGUCAGGGUUCUGGCACCUCAAGACGAUAACAGGUUCCGCGUUGCCAAGAAUGGGCUGCAACACCUGAUUCUCGUGGCAGCGAAAGUCACAACACGGACGUCCUCGACAAUGACUGGCGAGCGUAGGACAUCGGCCAGUGUUCCUCACUGACUUCACCAACUUCACUAGGGAUGGCAAGACGUGUGCUCCUCUGUCUCACGAUGUUCAGUAUCAAUUUCUGGGCAGUGCAGAGCAUCCCUCUUCCCUUGGAAAUCCAGAGUGGACUCAAGAAUCCGGGUAAAUCAUUUCCUGCUGUCUUCAUCAAAAGGGAAGGCCGUGCGAUAGAUGAGAACGCCAGGAGUCAUCAUGUUCCGACUACUGGGUACGAGAUGAAUAACGCCACCAGCUACGUCCUUUGGGAAAGAAGCACUGACGAGAUGGCUUCCCCGACAACUCCUUUGGCCGAGCAUCGUGAAACCAACUCGCUAGGCUCCUUUGGCCGGAAUAAACUAACGCUAAUUGAUAAGAAUUCGGAGAGAAUCGUCGAUGCCAUAGUCAGAUCCGAUACCGAGAGUGAGAUAGACCACAGCAGCAAUCUGGAAGAACCUAAACAAGACUUCACCGAGGGAUCGUCACGAAUGAACAAACCCCAAACCUUCGAAAACAACAACGACGAUGGCGGAGAAACGCGGAGGAAUACACAGGAGGACUUAGCAUCGACAGAAUCGCCGGACAAAAAUUCAUCCAACGAGGUCCAAGAGCUCACAGUCACCCGAGAGACAGAGGAAGGGGGAGCACCUUGCCCAACUGUCCCUGCCACCUGGACCCCCUACAUCACUGACAGGGAACUCCAGUGCGUUGUUAAUCCUCAUUGGCUGGAGUUCGACCCCCCUUCCCACCUGAGUCACCUGGUCCUGGGCGCCAUCUACAUUAUCAUCUUGAUAGUCGGCUGUUUUGGCAACGGUCUUGUUAUCUACUUAUUUGCGAGCUCCCGCUCCCUGAGGACGCCGUCGAACCUCUUCAUCCUGAACCUGGCCCUCAGCGACUUCUGCAUGGUGGGCAUCCUCGUCGUGUACGUCCAUAACGCCUUCCACGACGGACCUGCAGCUGGAAAGUUCGGAUGUGACCUGUACGGCUUCGUGAGCGGCCUUGCGGGAACCACCUCGAUCAUGACGAUGUCCGCCAUCUCCCUGGAUCGGUACCUCGUGAUUUCGUUCCCACUCGACCCCUUCAAGAGGUUCUCCCACCGGCAGGUGCUGGUGAUAAUAAUAGCCACGUGGCUCUACAGCAGCAUCUUCUCAAGCAUUCCUCUACUUGGCAUCGUGGGCAUCAAUUAUACACCGGAAGGUUACCUCACGAGUUGUAGCUUCGACUACCUGUCUCACGCUACAAGGACACGCGUGUAUAUCUUCUCCUUCUUUAUCGCCGCGUGGCUUCUUCCUCUCAACAUCAUCUUCUUCAGUUACGUCUCCAUCGUGGUCACGGUGUCGAAACAGGAGCGGCAGAACUACACCUGCCAGGGGAACGUGGGAAGCUCCUCCUUUAAGAAUUUUAAGCACCAGAGCGUCAAGCGGAAGAAAAGUGUCGAGCUCAAGCUCGCGAAAGUGGCCUCAGGCAUCAUCGCGCUGUGGGUGCUGGCAUGGACGCCCUACGCGGUGGUGGCACUCCUGGGCAUCUUCAACCAACGGCGCCUCAUCACGCCCUUCGGCUCUAUGGUGCCAGCGAUGAUAUGCAAGGCGGCUGCGUGUAUAGAUCCAUAUGUUUACGCUCUGUCUCAUCCACGCUUCAAGAAUGAAUUAAACAAGAGGCUCCUCAGACGUCAACCGGAUUUCUUUGGUGUUACAAGGAACGGCAUAACUGUGGGUCUGACUGGCAGCACGUUCAGUGAGAUAAAAGAAGAGAGGGAAAUGCCGGAUCCUCAGCUGUGGGACUUGACGGACCACUCGUACAGCAGUUCCUUGGGCCCUCUCAUCCACCGACAGACUUCCUUCUCCAGUCAUCCGGCCAUACAGUCCACCGACGCCUCCCUCAGCCUGCACUCCACCCUCUCGCCGGGCAGCACGAGCCUAGCCGGCGAGACGUACCCGAAACGCAGCUUCUCCUCCAACAGCUUCCGCAAGAUGCCUCGUUCCUUCAACCUGUCCCACGAGCCCGACGCGGGCGCGAGUAGAAGCACCGGAAACUGUGACAGAAGGCGCCUGCAGACCACGGUCCUCGUCGAGUUCCCGGACGGGAAGCUUCCCUUCGACACCAACCACUUUAUCGAGAGUGCGAUGAAGGACAAGAUGAACUUAACCAAGCAUCCCCGUAAACCUCCCAAUGGUUUUAGAUUCUCACCGAGUGAAGUAGACUGUAAUAUGGGCAAAGAGCAACGUAUUGGCCUUAUCAUGUCGCCCUCGGCCAAGGAAUACUCGAAAACCAAAAGCCUCCGACAUAAAAAGAAACGGCACGAAGCCGCCAAGCCUCUUAUGAAAUCAGGCGUCUCAAACGUGUCUCUGCCUUCGUCUGCCCUCGACCAAGGCCAUCGCGGCUCACUGACACAGUCGAGGGAGCUGCAUCCUUCCAGAACCUUCCCCAAUAUUUUUCUCCCCUCGGAAGAGCUCGAGGGCUUCCUCCCGCUCUCGACGUCCUUCUCCGUCACGUUCGAGUCGGCUAAGGAUUCGGACUUAUCCUCGUUGCUUAUCCUCAACCGGCGCCUCUCCUGUGUGACCAAAGAAGGCUUGACCCGCUCCGUCGUCUCGAGCUUUGACCUCUCCCUUCCCUGCGCGCUGUAUGUGAAGGAGUGCCGCCUGAGGAGCAAGAGCCUGCCCAACAUCACCGAUGAAGCCAAAGAGGAAAACACCUCAGAGGAAAACCAGUACGAGCGCCUUUCUUCUUCCUGAUCUCAAAGCGAGAGCCUCAGCUGGUAACGCCUCAGCCGAAAGGGGGUGUCACUGAGUGCCGACAUGACAACGGCCUAAGAUGAAGUGUAGAAAAUUAAACUUUUCACAACGUCAGUGUUUGCAUUUAAGUGUGUCAUGUAGUUUGCUACUGGAGAUAAAGCUUUAGUAUAUUUUUUUGUACUUAUUUUUAAGCCUUUGUAUCACAAAAUGUAUGAAUCUAUUUUAAAAGAAAUAAAAUUUAAUAUAAUAUUGUUAUAUAAGUAUUUAGCUAUUAGAUUACUAUUUUUAGCAAAUAAAUUGAUGUAAUCUUACAAAUUAGACUGUACAUAUGGAUGAUAAUGUGCAAGACUUGUCGCAUGGUAAUGAAUCAUAAACCUGUUAUUUUCUUCGAAAUUUAUUGAGAGUUCACAAACAUAGUUUAUAAAUAACUUAUAUUAAGAAUCAACAACUGCAUUGAUUGGUCUAUGUCGUGUAGUCAUCGAUGUUAACACUAGUCACUCCUAGAGAAAAGAACUCCAGACAAAGUAGAGUGAUUUGUCAACCCAGAAAUUAGAACCCGAAGACCCAGUGUCAAAGUGACCUUGCUGGAGAUCUCAGGCUACUUUGUACGGAAAUCUUAUGCUUGUAUUGUACACUAAUCUCUCUGUAUGAAUGUUCCGGACGAGGAAGGAAUAUGACCUCUUUUGCUAAGAGAAAGCCACCGCGAUGUGAAGAUUUUUUAUUUUUAGGAUAGAAGGUACGGGUGGAGUGUCUGAGGGGAGGAUUUGAUGAGAUUUUUCGCCUAUUCAUGAACUUAACAGUAUUGUAAGUGUCAUUUUCGGUGAGGAGAAUGAAUGGCAUGUAUUUGAUAAUGACGCGAAAAAAUUUACGUGAUGUGGAAUUAGCCUCUUUAAUGAUGUGAAAGUCUCGGCUCUCCGACUAAAGGGAGGGUGUUCGUCUGGCCUUCUGUCUGUCCGAAGUGAUUGUUGAAGUGCAUGUGAAUUUAAGCUUAAGAAGAGGAUAAUGAUGAGUUGAAAUUACUAUAUCUGUAAGUGAUGCAGACACAUAUAUACAUAAACAAACAGACACACUCAUGAACAAAUAAGCAAAACAAGCAAACAAACACACACACAUGAACAUUCAAAUAAACGAACACUUACACACAAUCACACUCAAAGAAACACACACACAAACACACCCUUGAACACGCACACACUCUAAAGUUAAAACGUGUCUAGAGUAGACAAUGCUCACGCUCAAGUUGGUCUGUGGUUUCAAUAGAUACAGAAAUAUUGUCUUUCGCCUUAUCUUCAUUCUCAUGUGUGUCCUACCUUCUCAUAUCUUAGAUUUUACGGCGUUCGUUCUAAGAGUGUGAAAGGAACUGUACUUUUGUAUUUCCAUUUAUUUAUUCUUUGAAUAGGCUUUGCUGUAUAUUCCUGAUACGAAUUUUUGAGUGAAUAGAUAACGCUGAAUGGUAAAAUGUUUUGUUUUUUUUAUUAUAAGUGCGAUAUUGUCUAAGUAACUGAUGACGAAAUAGUGUGUAAAUGCAGAUCAAUAAGAAGAGAGAAAUAUCUAUUUAAUAUUUUAAGAAUGAAAAUAACUUUAAAUAAGUGUGUAUAGUAUUUUCAUGUUCCAUUUAUUCUACACUUUUCUUUCUUUCUUUCUUAUAGAGAUAUUCCUGUCUACUAUUUUUUUUUUUUUUUUUUUUUUUUUUUUUUAAUUCUCAGCUGUGGUCAGAGCACGCUGGUCUGAAUGGCAAAUUAUUGUACUCCUAACAAUUAAAUGUCAACAGCGCACAGGUGAGCAGUCAGUAUCGUUUAAAUGGCCUAAUAUACAAGCAUCAGAACAAACUGCCUAAUGUAUUCAAUAAUACGACACUACCUGUGUAUCUAGUCAUUCCAAAUUCUUGAAACGAACAGGAAGAGAUGUCUGUAGUAUCUGAAUGCCGAAUACACAAAUUAUUCAGUUUACAUAAUGCUAGGUAGUACAUAAGUCUACUAACUGUAUAACUGGCCAUUCAAAUAAUACUGACCUCUGUUUCCUAUGCGUUUCAUGAAAGCGGACCUACUAUUGACCGCUAGAUUGCCAGGUCACAAUAAUUUAUCUUGAAGAUUCGUCACGAUAGAAAUAGUUAAACCAUUACGAUUUUUGGCCAUGGCAGGUGGCGGUGUGUUAGAGCGCAAUUUGGGUUCACAGCUCACGAGAUUUAAUAGACAAGUUUAUUGAUCAAACUGCUGUUCCCUUUCCUCCGUCUCCUAAAAUGUUUUAUUUUUCUGUGAUAACCUCGAUAUAUCAAUAAUAGUUUGAUUACAAAAUGAAAGUUAAAUAUGUAGUAAGUGUAUAGAAAAUACAUAACGCAAAGUGUGAUAUGAUAAUAUAGUGUUCGUUCGCCAGAUUUGCGUUGGUAUUGGAACACUGCCACACAUUUGCACGAAUACACACACGCUGUCGGUCGCUCAAACACGUACACACUCGUUCAUGUAUUUUAACAACAAUCAGAUGCCAACUAACCACAUACAUAUACAGACAGAAACGGUAUGUAAGAGUCACGACUAAACAAAACAGACACAUGUUGAUACUCACGCUGACACAGUUUCACCGCAAUACCACCUAAACUGUAGGGGAUGGCGCUCACUCGCACUGACCAAGUUGCCUCAUUGCAGGUGAGCGCCAUGAUCGUUGCCGGACACGCCAGAAAGAUAGAAAAGUGGAUAUAUGUGGAAAAAGAUGUGGAGGGAAUCCUCUAAUAGCGCGGGUUCCUUCGACAUCAAGCCUCGAGCGAAUGUCCACUUUGUCUACAAGGGGGAAGCUGGUUUGUUGGACUACGAUCGAAGUAAGAGGGAACGAGUGGAGUAAAUUCUUAGGUAGAACUUAAGGCUCUCGUAAGUGUAAGGUUUCAGUAUCCCAAAGCGAGAUGAGGGGGAGCACUUGUCUCUAGGUCUAGAUACUUGUUUCGUCGUUCCGUCAUUGCCAGGAUUUCGCUCGUUGAGAUGAGACUCAAUUAGUGAAAGCGCCGGGGCGUCGGGCUCUGGUUCUGGCUGCGGGAGCGAGGCGAGAAGAUUCUCUCUGAUAGAGUCCGUCUGUCCUGUUAAUGUACGAGUUAGAUAAGCUGUUUAGAUGGCAUAUAUGCAUACUGUAUAUGCACAUAUUUGUUUUAUAUAUAUGCAUAUAUACAUACAUAUAUGUACAUAUAUAUACAUAUAAAUACAUAUAUACUCACACACACAUAUAUAUGUGUGUGUGUGUGUGUGUGUGUGUGUGUGUGUGUGUGUGCGUGCGUGUGUGUGUGUGUGUGUGCGUGCGUGUGUGUGUGUGUAUACAUAUGUAUGUAUGUAUGCAUACGUGUAUAUUUCCAUACAUCAAGAAUCCACGAUACUCCAAAGUCGUGAUCUAACUAUAACCUUGUGCUUAAGUAAUAAAUCCCUUGUUGGUUGAGAAAAAAAGAGAAGACGCUGGGAGAAAACGUUAGCUAAGAAUCUGCGCAGAUAAACGGCAGGUUAAGCGACCGCACUCAAUGAGUCUUUCAGUGUACGUCAGCUUAGGUACUACAUGGAUAUCUCUACCGCAUAUCAGUGGUCAUGAGAGAGGAUUUAUUUUCUUGCCAAACGUGUGAACUAUCUGUCGAUCUGUAUGUUAAUAUCUCGUGUGUGUAUCUGUUAGCCAUAAUUGAUAUUUUUGUCACAAAUGUAAUAUGUAUCAUCUCAUGAGCAUACUGUAAGCAUCUGUGUCACACUCAUACAGCACAGUAAGAUUGAAGACAAACAUGACAUAAUAAUUGUUUUAUGUAAAGAUUCCUUUUAAACAUAUCCAUCAAUAAAAAUUUAAA